AUGAGAAUAUCGAGCUGGCUGCCUUCAGGGCUCUUAUUAUGUCUUGCUGGGGACACGUGGGCACGACAACACCGCAAUUAUGAUGCUCAUGACUACUAUGUGGUAGAAUUGCGAUCAGGACAACGACCAGAAGACUUGUCACGAACACUGGAUCUGCACUAUGAUGGACCCGUAGGCGAAUUGGACAAUACCCAUUUCUUCCGCGCCCAAACUCGACAGGACGGUUACGAUCAUGUUAGAGAAGCACAAGAAGAGCUGCGAUUACGGCGGCGGCGAAGAGACGUUGGCGCAGCAGAACCGCACAUCCUCGACCAUGUUCUCCUGAACAAGAAGCAAGACCUCUCCACUCGCUUUCCACUGGUCAAGCGUGGCGUCAUACCUCCUUCGGUACGACAGAGCACUGUUGGUGAUCCUACCCUCAUACAAGAAGGCCUCGAUAUUGCGAAGACCCUGGACAUCACGGAUCCGAUCUUCCAAGACCAGUGGCAUCUCUACAACCACAUCCAACCAGGCCACGACAUAAACGUCACCGGAGUAUGGGGGCAAGGCAUCACAGGCAAGAACAGCACAGUCUGCAUCGUUGAUGACGGUCUAGAUAUGGACAGCGACGAUCUCCAAGCCAACUACUUCCAGGCCGGAAGCUGGGACUUCAACGACCAAGUUCAGGAUCCAAAGCCUCGGCUUAGCGAUGAUCAUCACGGUACUCGAUGCGCAGGCGAGGUAGCAGCGGCGCGGAACAAUAUUUGUGGUGUAGGAGUAGCUUAUGAUGGCAAAGUCAGCGCGUGCAGGAUCUUGUCCAAAGUCAUCUCUGAUGCCGAUGAGGCCAUAGCCAUGAACUACGCUUACCAGGAAAACCAAAUCUACUCUUGCUCCUGGGGACCACCGGAUGAUGGUCAGAGUAUGGAGCAGCCGGGGCUCUUAAUUCGUCGCGCGAUGUUGAAGGGAGUGCAAGCGGGCCGAGGAGGUCUGGGUUCGAUCUACGUCUUCGCUAUUGGCAAUGGUGCAGCGAACGACGAUAAUUGCAAUUUCGAUGGGUACACGAACAGUAUUUACUCUGUCAGUGUAGGGGGUAUCGAUCGCAAGGGCGCGCAUCCGUACUACUCGGAGAAAUGCUCGGCGCAGCUCGUGGUCACUUAUUCCUCUGGCUCCGGCGAUGCUAUUCACACUACCGAUGUGGGCAAAGACAAAUGCUAUACAAACCACGGUGGAACCUCGGCCGCUGGACCACUGGUCGCUGGUAUCUACGGAUUGAUGCUGGAAGUCAACCCUAGCUUGACAUGGAGGGAUAUACAGUGGUUGACUGUUUUGACUGCAGUGAAGAUCGAUCAGGAGAGUGACUGGUCGCUCAAUACUGCCAUCCAGAAGGACUUCAGUCAUCAGUUCGGGUAUGGAAAAGCGGAUGCGUGGGCGCUUGUCGAGGGCGCGAGAAACUGGACGAACGUCAAGCCGCAGGCGUGGUAUUAUUCACCAUGGAUGCACGUCAAGCACCCUAUCCCGCAGGGCGACCAAGGAUUGACGAGCAGUUUCGAGGUCACGGCAGACAUACUAAAGAUGGCUAAUUUGGAGCGUCUGGAGCAUGUCACUGUCACGAUGAAUGUAGCGCAUACACGCCGUGGCGACUUGUCAGCUGAGCUUCGCAGUCCUACUGGUAUGGUCAGCCACAUCGCGACCCACCGUCGCAACGACGAUGCGAACAGCGGCUACGUCGAUUGGACCUUCAUGUCCGUAGCUCACUGGGGCGAACCUGGUGUUGGAACCUGGACAGUCGUCGUGAAGGACACGAGUGUCAACGAGCAUUCCGGGAACUUCACGGACUGGAGGCUCAAGCUCUGGGGUGAAAGUAUCGAUGGUAGCAAGCAGGAGCUCCUGCCUAUGCCGACCGAGACCGAUGACGAUGACCACGAUGUCAUCACCAAUCCAGACGUGGCCACUACUUCCGUUGCAGUGCCAACAGAAACCGGAAAGCCAGAGGGUAAUCCAGAUGACCACCAACAUCGACCCGUCAACGCCAAACCCACCGAAUCGUCCACCGUACCUCCCAAGGAAGGAGAUAAGGAAGACGACAAAGUCGAUGAACCCGCCACCUCGUCCACCCCAACACCAUCCGCAACUCCCAGCGCAAACACCGACCGCCUCCUCCCCCACAUCUUCCCAACCUUCGGCGUGACGAAGUCAACCCAAGCCUGGAUCUAUGGCUCCAUCACCCUCAUCCUCCUCUUCCUGAUCGGACUAGGAGGCUACUGGUACCAUCAACGCCGCCGACGCUCGUGGCUAAACCGCGACGACUAUAAUUUUGAAAUGGUGGAUCGUCAGAAUCCGGACGACGAUGAUGAUCAUGAUAAUGGACACGGACGUGGAGGUGCGAAUGGCAAUGGGAAUGGUCAUAUGAACGGUGGGGCGAGAGGGAAGCAAGGGAAGAAGGCUGGGAGGUUGUACGAUGCUUUUGCUCCUGGGAGCGACGAUGAGAGUGAGGGGGAUGCUUUUGGGGUGGGGAGUGAUAUUGAGGAUGAGGGAGAGGAGGGGGAGGAAGGGAAGGGGUUGGUGGGGACGGGAAAUCAGAGGUAUAAGGAUGAUGAGCCUAGGAGGGAGGGGGUGGAUGUGGGAUAG